AUGUAAUAACAAACAGUAGAAGACUUAGCAGAAAAGGAAGCUGAAAUCAAAGAAGCAUUUGAAAUAUUUGAUAAGAAUACAUCCAAAAGUAUAUCUGGUAAGGUAUUCUGUAUUCAUUAUUAAUAGUUUAAGAAUUAACUUCAGUUUUUCGUUCUCUAGGUUACAAUUUCUCAUAGGAUGAAAUAUAAUCUAUGGUUAAAGAAUUGAGACACACUUAAAAAGUAGAAGGAGCAGAAGAUAGAGAAUUAGAUUUUGAUGAUUUUAAGAAUUUAUUAUUAAUGCAGGAAGAAAAAGCAAAAAAUGGAGAAAAUGAUUUAAGAGAUGCCUUUGAUGUAUUUGAUAGAGAUGCAAAUGGAUUUAUAGGUUUAGAGGAAUUGAUGAUGGUAGCUAAAAGUUUAGGAGAGAACAUAUCUGAAGAUGAUUUAAAAGGCAUGUUAUAAUAUGCAGCCAAUGCAUUUAAUUAAAAAGAUGAUGACAAAGAUAAAGUACCAUAAAUCAAUUUAUCAUAAUUCGUUGAAGCUUAUUUAAAAUGA